AUGACCAAGACCAUCGGCACCCACAGCGGUGCUUUCCACGCGGACGAGUCGCUCGCCGUGUUCAUGCUCAAGCAGCUCCCCGAGUUCAAGGACGCCGAUCUGGUGCGAUCCCGAGACAUGGAGACCCUCGACAAGUGCGACAUUGUGGUCGACGUGAGCGGCCAGUAUGACGGCACCAAAUACUUUGACCACCACCAGCGGGGCUUUGAGGAGAUUUUCGAUCUCGACGGCGAGUUUGUCACCAAGUUGUCUUCUGCCGGACUGGUGUACAAGCACUUUGGCAAGGACGUGAUCCGGGCUAUUCUCAAGGACGCCUCUGUGUCGGAUGCCGACAUUGACCUUCUCUACCGAAAGAUCUACAAGGACUUUGUGGAGGCCAUUGACGCCAACGACAACGGCAUUGAGCCUUACUCGGAGCCCAUUGCCGAGAAGCCCAAGUUCAAGCAGUUUGGCAUCACUCUUCCUGCCCUCGUGUCCACCCUCAACGGGCUCGUCAAGGAGGAGUCCGAGCGAGACGCCCAGUUCAACGUGGCGUCCCAGCUUAUGGGCACGGCCUUCCACAACCUGGUCUACACCGCCGGCACUGUGUGGCUGCCUGCCCGAGCCAAGGUUCUUAUGGCGGUUGAGGCUGCACUGAAGAAUGGAGACGAGCAGCGAUACCUCGAGUUUGACGAGUCUUGCCAGUGGAAGGACCACCUGUUCACAAUUGAGGAGGAGAAGGGCAUCGAGGGCCGAUUCCUCUACGUUCUCUACCCUACUCCCGAUUCCGUGCGUGUCCAGGCCGUCAACGAGAAGGACUCUGCUUUCAAGUCCCGAAAGCCUCUGCCCGAGGAGUGGCGAGGUCUGCGAGACGAGGAGCUGUCUGAGAAGUCCGGUAUCCCCGGCGGUGUGUUUGUGCAUGCUGCUGGUUUCAUUGGCGGCAACAAGACUCUGGAGGGUGCUCUGGAAAUGGCCAAGAAGGGUGCUCUUGCUUAG